AACAUUCCUUGGUGAAUCUCCCCUGAAUUAUACCAAAUAAAUGCCAAAGUAUCAAAUUUUUAAUACCUCUGUGUUGUGAAUUUUUUUCGGCACAUCCCAAGUGUAUUCAUUUUUUUCCCAAAAUCCACAGUGUAAGCAUCUCCUUGCUGUUCACCUUGCGGAAGCUCUUGGAGAAAGCAAAAAACAAGAUAUCAGUGAUGAAGACUUUGUGGCUUACAUGUGUUAUGACAGCAGUGCAGAUGAUAAAAACACCAAAGAACUGCAUGUAUAGUGCUGUUAUAGGGCCUUCCGGGAGGUGGGAGGGGUUACCCCCUUAUAUACAAGUCAUGUAGGUAUGUGCCGCCCUAAACACCCAGAGGGUAUGGUUAUUGCACCAUUUCAAUCUUGAAAUGGGUGUAGACUUUGCCUAUUUUUGACUGGAAUUGGGUAUGGUUCAGUUCAAGGGAACUGCUGAAGUGUAUGAGCAUAUUUGUCACGCGAAUUCAAAAUGGAUAUUAGAAAGCUUUUUGUCAGCGUUUUAAUUCAAGUAUUAAUGUUAACACAAUUUCUGAUUAUGUAAACAUAUAUUUUGCAUUUUGUAACCUCUUUUAGGUCUGAAAACGGGUGUGGAAAAUGACACUUUUGGUUUUAAAUAUAGGGUGAGGAUUUGAAGCAGCCAGGCGGUAUACCCCCACCAAGGAGUACUCCCUGGGCUGUUGUGUAGGAGCUGCUCCUAAGGUCACUCCUGAUAGGUCGCAGGAAACAAUGACAUGUCAUUCUUUCAAUUGUUUCAGUGUUGUCUAGGGUCAGGGUUAGUCACUCUUGCAAGCAGCUGCUACAUGACCCUCCCGGGCUAGUGCCUAAAUAAAAAUGUUCUUUAUUUCCCUCUGUACUUAACUUGUUAAGUUUUGUCUAACCCACUGAAGCAAACAGAACUUCAGUUCAAGAUAUUAUCUUGUUCAUAAUUUCUGCUUUCAAAUAGAGAGCAUGUUAGCUAGACUUUUCCAAGUGUUUGGAUAGUGGAGAUCUUACUCAGACUGUGGUGCGAAUUCAGUGAGUGGGAAGAACCCCUUGCUGUGUUUCUCUUUGUGCUCUCCGAAUCACCACUUUCUAAACACCCAGAAGAGAUGAAGAACAGGACCAAAGGAGCUAUGUUGCAAAAUUUAACAAAAUUCAAACAGUGGGAACCGCCAACAAACUGAGUGAAACUUACAAAUCAACUGCUCAAAAAUGAAAAGAAGGUAAAAUACCCAUAUAAUGCAGCAAAGGAGGUAUGGAUGGACAAACUUGAAGGAGAUUGGAAUGGAUUGAAAUUAUGGUUUUUGAAAACUUUUUAACCUAACAGUUUUUCAAACUUCAUUUUUGUUGUUUGCAAAGUUUCAUACACUGAUUUGGAGACAUUUGUUUCACAUGAGGCAGUAUUCUUUUAAUAUCAUACACAAGUAAUUUUGCAAGUUCCAUAGCAGAUAAGGACGCGUCAUUGGGAUUUAAUUUGCCUAGUCCCUGUAAGGCAUCUUCCCAGGCCUUCUUGUUGCAUUUCAGUGAUGUAUCCGAGACCUCGGACCAUGUGAUCCGAAACACAUUGGCCGCACACAAUAAUGAGGCCUAGGGACUAGGCAAAUUGGGAUUAUUGACAAAAUGAACCAGACAACCGUGACACAGCCCCUUUGAAGUUUCAGUGUACAAGCUCUCUUCUUAACCCUUUGCUUCAGUGCUUUUAAUUUAUCCUUAUGGAGCGUGGUCGUGACACAAUCCAUUCCUAUCUGGAUCAAUAUGUAGAGGAUAUUACAUGGCUGUGCGGAGAUACAAAAUUUAUCUUUGAGUGUUGAAAAAUAUUUAGUGAGUGCAGUGAAUGAGUGAAAUAUUUUUCAACAUGAGAAGACAAAUUUCAUAUCUCCAAGAGGCCAUGUAAUGUUUAUUAUAUAAACACCAAUGAAAUACCAAACCAUUUCACUUUAAUAGGUUUUUGCUGUAAUAGGCACAAUUUAUUAUUGCCAUAGCAAUGGUGAUAUUUCAUGUGUGAAGAUAACAUGUUAUUUUCACAUGUGAAGAUAUCAUGUUUUUGUGCAAACGCUCACCUGGUAUUUCAUUGGUGUUAAUAUAAAUAUAAACUAUUAUUAUCC